UAUUAAGUUAUGACAUUUAGAUAAGAUUGUUUCGUAUAUAUGAAUACAAAGAAAUUCGAUAUUUAAUAAAAAUGGUUAAAUUAUCUUUGUUCGUGAUUGAAUUUAAAUUGCGACUUAGGUGGCAGCACCAUACAUUUUGAUUACAAAUCGACUUCAGCGCGUAUAGCGAACAAAAGAAAACAUUUGGUACUUUUAAAUUCAAAUUUUAAUUAUUACAUUCUUGAUAUAGUAAAUAUAGACGUAUAACUUUAAUAAUGGGUGACAGCAAAAUAAAAGUUAUGAUAAAUUUAUAUUUUGAUAACUGAACUGUAAUGUAAGGAAGCUCCAAAAUAAGAGGAGGGUAAAUAAAGCAACUGUGUAAAUAGUUUUGUGUGAUCUAAAUGUAGUUGCUCUGUGUUAUCGUUGGAAAAGUACAACGUGAUAGUUAGGUCAAUGACAUACAUGACAGCAACACCAAGUUUCUUGAGAAGACUGAUUCAUUUUAAUUUGUAACUUGGUUCAAGAUGCCCGAACAGAAUUUAAAUGACCAAUAUUCUACUUGGGUCGGUCUUAUAUAUAUUUUCAAUUUAAUUGUUGGUACAGGAGCUUUAACGUUACCAGCUGUUUUUAGUCGAGCAGGAUGGGCUCUUGGAUUAAGCGUUAUCUUAAUAUUAGCAUUUAUAAGUUUUAUCACAGUUACAUUUGUCAUUGAGGUGAUGGCAUCUGCCAAUGCUAUAAUAACUUGGCGACAUAUUCAACAUCGAAAACAUGUAUGUUUCUCUCAAGAUUCGUCUUUCACCGAAUCAGAAUCUGAGAUGCUUCAAACAUUAGGAGAAUCUGGCCCUUCGAAUUCAGACUCUGAAGAUACUCCUCUUGUUACUCCAUUUGCAAGUAGUCCUGAUCGUGCUGAUAUGACAUAUCGAUACUAUGUAAUUCGAGAUAAAAUAGAAAUGGGACAGAUGGCAUCAAUUUUUUUCAAUAAGAUUGGUAUAACUCUGUUUUAUAUAUGUUUUGCUGUAUAUCUUUAUGGAGAUUUGAGUAUCUAUGGAGCAGCUGUUGCAAAAUCUUUAGCCGAUGUUGCUUGUACUUAUCAACCAUUAAACUUGACUUGUAAUGAUACAAUACCAGAUACUGAAUUAUGUUGGGAAGAAUUUUCUUUCAAUCGGCUGGAUGCAUACAGAAUAUUUCUUAGUAUAUUUGUAUUCUUAUUGGGACCUUUCGUGUUUUUUAAUAUUCAAAAAACAAAGUAUCUUCAAUUUCUGACAUCAGCAAUGAGAUGGCUUGCAUUUACAAUCAUGAUUGUAUAUGCUUUAAAAAAUCUACUCAUUCAUGGUGCUCAAGGAAAUCCUCCAACAGCAAACAUUAUGGGUAUACCUAGUUUAUUUGGUGCUUGUAUUUAUUCUUUUAUGUGUCAUCAUUCUCUACCUGCUUUGGUAGCUCCAAUUACAAAUAAGUCUACUUUAAAUCGAUCUUUGGCGUUAGAUUAUUUAUUAAUAGCAUCUUUUUAUCUUUUAUUGGCAUUAACUGGAGCAUUUGCUUUUGAACAUUUGGAUGAUCUUUAUACUUUAGAUUUUAGCCCUCGCGGGUCCGGUGAUUGUUCCAAGAGUAAUAAUAUCUUUAUUGUUCUCAUAGAGUAUUUUUUGGCACUUUUUCCAGUAUUCACACUGAGUACUAGUUUUCCAGUUAUAGCCAUUACUCUUAGAAAUAAUUUACAAUCAUUGUUCCUUAACGAAGACACGUAUUAUUCGUGUCUUUACAAACUUGUCUUCCCAGUAUUGGCGAUACUGCCCCCAUAUUUAAUUGCCAUGAGCACUAAAGAUUUGUCGAUAUUGGUGGGAAUCACGGGAUCAUAUGCUGGAGCGGGAAUUCAGUAUUUAAUUCCAACAAUCUUGGUGUAUUAUGCUAGACAGAAGACAAAUAAAAUUAUAGGUCUUGGUGUUGUUAAUAAAUUUGCGAGUCCGUUUUCUAGUAAUUGUUGGCUCAUAUUUGUUAUACUUUGGGCUAUUACGUGUAUGAUUUUAGUAUCAGUCAAUUUUAUGCAAAUACAUUUGCAACCUACAGGUGUAAAAUUAUAAUAAACAGUUAUAAUAUAUAAAUUUAAAAUACUCUAACGCGAAAAAGAAAAGAGAAACAUAUUGAUGCGCUAACGAUGGCUCUCUUUUUAAAUUUAUUUAAAUGUAAAGCAUAUCUAAAAUAAUUUGAUAUGAAAUUGAAUUUGCAGCUGAAUGUA